UGGAGUCUUCGACGGGGAUUUCACCAGCGUCGGUCAUCGAACAGCUUGACAGCUCACCGGACGUCUUGACAUGGCUGAACACCGUCUUAGAUUCCUCUGGACAGGAAGCAGCUACCAAUGGACCCUCCCUCGAUGAGCUCUUGACUGCAACAUCUAUCGCAGCUCAGUCCACAUCCUCUGCUCUCGAGAACACCAUAGACGAGAUUUCUCGCGCAACCCCCCGCCUAGUAUAUGACCUUCAUUUCACCCGUGAUGGUGCACUCGCACUCAAGAGCGUCCUGGCGCAAUCGAUUCCAUCAUCCAACGCCUCUGCAACUACUCAGGGUCACUUUGACGCGACGUCCCAGGUCCUAGAGAGAUUACAGUAUCUAGAUACAAUAAGAACCCGCAUGGAAGCCGCCCGAGAUGUCCUUCGCGAAGCUGAGUCGUGGGGCGCACUCGAAGCAGAGGUUACGACUCUCCUGGCAGAAAAAUCAUAUGCUCGCGCCGCAUCCAGGCUAUCGGCAUCAGCCAAAUUAAUGUCAGUGUCUCGCCCAGCCGCAGGUACCCCAGGAACGACGCAGGAACCUCGCCGCGCUCUACUGACGUCUCUUGCCAACCAGCUCGAGGCUGCCAUUUCACCUGAUCUAGUGCGAGCCAUCACAACCAACGAUGUGGAGUUGUGCAAAUCUCUUUACGCCAUAUUCGUUGACAUUGAGCGCGAAAGUGAGUUCCGGAACUACUACUACGGAACACGACGCACCCCUAUAAUGGAAGCGUGGAACCAGAUAAUCUUGGACGGUGAAUCUGCGCCCACCGGAACUCCACAGCAGCAGCAAAUCCCAGAAAAGCUAUCUUCGUUCUAUCCAACGUUCCUUUCUUUGUUCUUCUCCAUGCUUAAUGGAGAACGCCACACUAUUCCAGCCAUCUUUCCUGAUCCAGAGUCUACUCUAGCGUUCCUUAUCCACAACACGCUCACGGCUCUCACACCUUCACCAGGUCAACGUUUCGCUGCGCUUUUCCACGGUAAUGGUAGCGCCUCUGCCUUGAAGGACAUGGUGAAACUGUUUCAGGUUACGGAGGAAUUCGCCAAGGGGACGGAAAGGAUCUUGGAGAAACUACGCGUGUCCUCUCCGUCUGUGAUGUCCGUCACAUCCCCAUCAUCUUCAGGUGAGGGUAAACUCUCCCGGCGGCGCUCCAUGCGCAUGUCCAUGUCGUGGCGGUCAACAAGUAGUGUCUCUGGCUCAGCGAAACAACAAAGUGGUUCCAGUGGAAUCAGUGUAGUCGACGCCAUGGAGUGGGACCAAUGCCUCUUCCAGCCUUUCCUUGAUUUUCAGGUUGACUUCGGUACCCUUGAGAGACGACUUCUCGACGAAGCACUCGGCCCACCCGUAGUCAAGUUACAGGGCGCAGUGGACGGUGAUCGCGCUGCUCGAGCGAUGCGUGAACGCGCUGUGGACGUGUUCAGCGCUGCGGAAGAGAGUAUCGACAGAUGCAUGACCUUCACCCACGGGUACGCGUCUGUCGGGCUCGUACGCGCACUUGAUGGCUAUGUAUGCGCGUUUGUGGACGCGUGGACAAAUUGUGUCAUCGACUGGGGGAACGCGAGCUCUGAAACAAACACCAGCGCUCUCUCGUAUAACGGGGCUGAGGACGAAGAGUUUGCCGAUUUGGAUUAUACGUCUCAAGACUGGGCGCAUAUCCAGCGUGCAUUACAUCUUCUUGCUACAGCACGGGCCGUCAAAGAACGUCUUGGAGUAUUCGAGACACGCCUCCGAGGGGCCCUGAAUCAAGUGGCUGUGGCGUUCCAUACUGUAGUGAACGGGCUGUACACUCCGGGGGUGACGAAAGGAGAAGGCAUAUUACUCGCCCAGUCUACCUUAAACUCCGUGGAAUUGAGGGACCUCUUCUCUCGGGUCCUGCAACCGCAGUCCUCAGGGACCUCAGCUGCGGCUUCUAUUUUGCUACCUUCAAGUCAUUCCGCUCUCACAUCCUUUGCUCGUGCAAACCAGCGUACCUUACAGCGUGUUCUCCUCUCCCCCCUUUUCGUACAUCUCAAUGCCUACUCUUCACUAUCACUCUGGUCUGCCUCGCGCCAAGAACCUGUGCCAGGAUUCGCAGGUGUUAAUGUUCCGGCAUUCUCUUUGAGCCCUAGCGAAACUAUCCAACGUGUUGGUGACGGGUUACUCAACCUUCCGAGAUUAUUUGAGGUCUACGCAGAGGACGAUGCGCUCGGAUUUGAGAUAGGAGCCUUGGCUAUGGGGGACGGCCUCAGCCCCGGUCCUGAGGGGGGCGACUCGAGCGCACUUCAAGCGGAGCAGCUCCACUCCCCGGAGGCUGUCACAUCUGCAUGGCUCUCGUCUCUUGGAAGGACCAUGCUGGCACACUUGACGCGGAAUAUCCUGCCACAAAUCAGGGUUUUGACUUCCGCUGGCUCUGCCCAACUCGCGGCGGACUUAGGCUACCUGUCUACUAUCAUUCGUGCCCUCGGUGUGGAAGAGGGAGAUUUAGAACGUUGGAGAACGUAUGCUUCGAUGGGAGACGAGGAGGGGCGAGCAGACUACUUAGCUGCUGAGAAUCCAGACGACAUUUUGAGAUCAAUUGCAAAAAUGCGAAGAUGGCUGUCUUGAAGCUCACUACGUAUUAGUAGACUCACCUUCCUAGUACAUUCUCAAUCCAUUAAUUCAUUACCGAUAUCUUGUAACCACAAGCGGCGUAAAUAUGCCUCGACUGUAGAUAACGAAAAUAGAGGGCUGAG